AGAAGGAACGUUAAGGACCGCUCAUGGGUUUGGCUGGCGUCCAGGGAGUGCUGGUCAGCGGAGCUCCCAUAGGUCUCCCCGAGACAGUCACAGGGGGCCUGACUAUGACCGCGACCCGGGGGAGCUGGGCGCUGUCCGGCCGCCGUUGAGCACUUGUGGCUGGUUCCCUCGGUGCACCCCAACUCCCACGCUAGGGUGUGGGCUCCGCAAGCCCAAGGUCUUCCUGGCCCGCUUUCUGGGGUCCCAGCGCCAAAAGAGGCCCCAAAUAGCCUUCCACAGAGGGAACCAACGGAGUUGACCGCCGCAGGCCUCGAGCCGGGUACAGCCACGAAAACCCUGCGCGGGUCGCCGCUACUCGCCCUGCCGUCGCAACCUCAGGAGCCACCGUCCGGAACCCGCGUGAGGGGCCAGGGCUGCACGGAGCAGAUUGAGUGACGGACCCGCGCCACUUCCGGCCUCUGCCCUGAAUCUGCGAUCGCCGCCGCUGCGCCCGGUGGGCACCGAGCGAACGGAGCACAGCGGCAGCUGGGGACAGCAGGGACGGCGGCCCCUUCCUCCUCUGGGCCGGGGAGAGGGGCCUCGGACAACCCUGAGCCGCGCGUCUCGCAGCCAUGGAGCACGAAGACCCGGGCGAAGCGGUGACCGAGCUGCGCGAGCGGCGGCCGGGAGCGCUGGAGUUGCUGCAGGUGGCGGCGGGUUCCGGGCUGGCCGCCUACGCCGUCUGGGCGCUGCUCCUGCAGCCGGGCUUCCGCCGCGUCCCUCUGCGGCUGCAGGUGCCCUACGUAGGCGCGAGUGCGCAGCAGGUUGAGCACGUGUUGUCGCUGCUGCGAGGCCGCCCCGGAAAAAUGGUGGAUCUGGGCUCUGGCGACGGCAGGAUCGUGCUGGCGGCUCAUCGGUGCGGCCUCCGCCCAGCCGUGGGCUAUGAGCUGAACCCUUGGCUCUUGGGGCUUGCGCGGUUUCAUGCCUGGAGGGCCGGCUGUGCUGGCAGCGUCUGCUAUCGCCGUGAGGAUCUCUGGAAGGUGAGCCUCAGGGACUGCCACAAUGUGUCUGUGUUCCUGGCCCCCAGUGUGCUCCCACUGCUGGAGAAGAAGCUUCAAACAGAGUUGCCAGCAGGGGCCCGUGUGGUAUCUGGGCGCUUCCCCCUCCCCACCUGGCAGCCUGUGGCAGUGGUGGGUGAGGGCCUGGACCGAGUCUGGGCCUAUGAUGUCCCUGGAGCUGAUUCAGCUGUGUCCUCUUGCAGGGUGCCCAUCAAGGCUACCUCAGGCCCCAGCUGUACCUUAUCCCCUGGGGCCCCUAUUUCACAGGCUGCCUGACUGGACGCAAUAAAGACUCCGUGGGUCCCAUGCUGACUCUUGUUUUGUGGAGA